GUCGUAAUAGUAGCUGAAGAGUUUAAAAUGUCGGAAAACCUUGAAGCACAAUUAAAAAAAGCAAUAGACGAUGCGAAUAGGUCACCAAAAAAAUUAGAACUUCCGGAAGUCAAAAAAUACCGUCAUGAAAUUGAUAAAUCACUUGAAUAUUUUGAAGAUUUCGAUAAAAAAGCUUUGAAACCUGAUGAUUUUGAUGAUAUGAUUAAUUUAGCACAUGAUAUUCUUUUCAAUUUAGCUAAUUUAAGAAUUGAAAAUUUAAAAAGUGCUCACCCAAAUGAAAUGAAUUCAACAGCUAGUAAAAUUGAUAAAUAUUUGCCAGAAUGGAUUAAUAAUUGUACUAAAAUUACUAACAAAUUUGAACAGUUUUAUCAAGAUCUUAGCAAUUUUAUUAUCAGUAAUAAUAUAAAAGACAACCUUUUAUUUUUUAAAACUCAAGAAGAAUUUUUAAACGAAGUCGAUAAAGUUAAAAAAGAUAUACAUAAAAGGUCGAACAAAAUAAAUUUCUUCAAUAAAAGUUAUGAAGAAAAGAAAAUAUAUUCAAACUUUCUUAUUAUUAUUGGAUUAAAAUCAUUAUAUGAUUUAACUGCUGAAUUAGAAUAUGCAAGAAGUAGAUUUAAACUUCUGGAUCCAAUCUUCAUUAAAGAAAUAUCAGACUUUUGGAAAGAACUUACACCUGAACUGCAAUUAAGCGAAGAAUUGGUGAAAAAUUUUCAAGAAAGUGAAUUAUAUACAAAAGAAGGUUGUCUUUAUUGCAUUGUAGAAAAUUUGUCAAAAAUAGGUUGUUCUGUUAAUAAUUUUUUUCGAAAUAUUGUGGUCAAAAAGAUUGCAAAAAACUAUAGAGAACAAGACAUGUAA